GACGUCACGCAGGAGCGGCGCUUGGACGCGUAAACAAGCGGACUUGUCUCCUGUAAGAAGAUACGGUGUUGAUGACGUCACGCAGGAGCGCCCACCCAAGCCGUGUUUGGACGCCGUACACAAGCGGACUUGUCUCAUGUGGGAUGAUGUGAGUCUCAUGUGGGAUGAUGUGAGUCUCAUGUGUCUCAUGUGGGAUGAUGUGAGUCUCAUGUGGGAUGAUGCGAGUUUUUGUCCACAUUUAUGCGCCAUAACGAGCAAACGCGACGGGUGCCGUCUACGCCCUGGAGCGCGCUCGCUUGUCGAUGCUAGCUAGCGUUAGCCGGCGGAUGUAGCCGGGUCACGCUGUCACCGUCUACUCUCUGGUUCAGGUGCUAGUAGCACCAUGGAGAAACCUCCGUUUAGACAGAACCAGAACUGCGGGGACUGGGAGCUGAAGGAGCGGCUCGGAAUGGGAGGCUUCGCUCAUGUUUACCUCUACCAGCACCAGGCGAGCGGCGAGAAGCUGGCGGUGAAGAUGUGUCGCCUGGAGCUGACUCCCAGGAACAAGGACCGUUGGAGUCGAGAAAUCCAGAUCAUGAAGAAGUUGAACCACGUCAAUGUGGUGACGGCGCGGGACGUUCCGGAGGAAAUGAAAUUGAUCGCCAUGAACGACCUGCCGCUGCUCGCCAUGGAGUUCUGCUCGCGCGGCGACUUGAGGAAGGUCCUGAGCAGACCCGAGAACUGCUGCGGGCUGAAGGAGAGCGAGGUCCUGUCCUUACUCAACGACGUGGGCUCCGGCAUCCAGUACCUGCACGAGAACAAGAUCAUCCACCGGGACCUGAAACCGGAGAACAUCGUGCUGCAGGAAACCAACGGGAAGCUGGUGCACAAGAUCAUCGACUUGGGCUACGCCAAAGACUUGGACCAAGGCAGCCUGUGCACGUCGUUUGUGGGCACGCUGCAGUACCUGGCGCCCGAGCUCUUCGAGAACAAGGCCUACACGGUGAGCGUGGACUACUGGAGCUUCGGCACCAUGGUCUUCGAGUGCAGCUGCGGCUUCCGGCCCUUCCUGCACAACCUGCAGCCGGUGCAGUGGGCCAGCAAAGUGCGGAACAAAGGUCCAAAGGACAUCGUGGCGGUGGAGGAGCCCAACGGGGAAGUGCGCUUCUCCACACGUCUUCCGUACCCCAACAACCUGAGCAGGACGCUGCUGGAGCCCAUGGAGGCACUACUCCAACUCAUGCUCAAGUGGGACCCGGUCCUGAGAGGAGGCGGAGUCCACGCCGACAGCAGGAAGCCACUCUGCUUUGAGCUCCUGGAUCAGAUCCUCAGCAUGAAGGUGGUCCACGUCCUCAACAUGACCAGCGCCCAGGUGCACUCCUUCCAGCUGACGGCGGACGAGUCGCUGCACGCCCUUCAGAAGCGCAUCCAGGCCGAGAGCGGCAUCGACGUGGUCCGCCAGGAACUGCUGCAGGAGACGGGUGUGUCUCUGGACCCUCGCAAGCCAGCCGCGCAGUGCGUCCUCGACGGCGUGCGAGGCUGGGACUCGUACAUCGUCUACUUGUUUGACAAGAGCGCCACCGAGUACUCUGGUCCCUUCAGCGCCAGACAGCUGCCCGAUAAAGUUAACACCAUCGUCCAGGAGGCCCGGACCCAGCUGCCCCUCGCCGCGCUCAAGAAGGUUUGGGGCGAAGCCGUCAGCUACAUCUGCGGCCUCAAAGAUGACUACAGCCGCCUCUUUCAGGGACAGAGGGCCGCCAUGCUGAGUCUGCUGCGCUACAACACCAACCUGACCAGGUGUAAGAACAGCAUGUUUGGAUUCUCCCAGCAGCUGAAGGCCAAGCUGGACUUCUUCAGGAGCAGCAUCCAGUACGACCUGGAGAAGUACAGCGAUCAGAUGCACUACGGCAUUUCCUCCGAGAAGAUGCUGAAGGCCUGGCAGGAGAACGAGGAGAGAGCGGCAGCCUUUGCUCAGGUGGCGGAGGUGGGUCACCUGGAUGACGAGAUCAUGGCGCUGCACUCUGAGAUUGUGGAGCUUCAGAGGAGUCCGUAUGCUCGUCGCCAAGGCGACAAGAUGGAGCAGCUAGAACAGAAGGCCAUUGAGCUCUACAAGCAGCUGAAGAUGAAGUGUAAAGUGCCAGAAGCAGACGUGAGCAGUGACAGUUCUGAGAUGGUGAAGGCCAUCAUCCAGAUGGUGCAGAACCAGGACAAAGUGCUGAAAGAUCUCUACACUCAUCUGAGUAAGAUCCUGAGCAGCAAACAGAAGAUCAUCGAUUUGUUUCCACGGAUCGAGAAGACGCUGGAGAGCAUCAAGGAGGCGGACAACACCGUAAUGCAGAUGCAGUUCAAGCGGCAGCGAGAGUUCUGGCACCUUCUCAAGAUCGCAUGUGCUCAGAACUCCACACGUGGCUCCAUGGCGGCCAGUCCUGAGGCGUCCAACCCACCGCAGGUUUCACAGUGGCCCCAUUCAGCGCCACCCGUCAGUGCCCCGCACCCCCUCACAUCACUGCCUGGACCCAACCACAGUGACGCUGCCCCCCGCCUGCUGCAGGAGACCCACAAGUACUUGAGUCAGCUGACCAGUCUCAUGCAGGAAGCAGCUGACGAGCAGGCCAAGAGCAUCGUGGACCAGGACUGGAGUUGGACCAAGUAUGAAACACUGAGCAGCAAAGUGAAGAAGAGGAAGUCAUAGGUCUCACACACACACACACACACACACACACACACACACACACACACACACACACACACACACACACACACACACACACACACACACACACACACACACACACAGGACCACCCCAACACUAAGGUCAGGUGUGUGGUCACACCUGCACGCUCCUGAAAUCAAGACAGCUGACACUUUUUACCUUUCUCAAUGUUUUUGUCAACGCUGAUUGGACGUUUGACAGGAAACAGGAAGUGACAUUCAGGACAUGAUCAGCAUGAUUGAAGAUCACUGCUGGGACCACACACACACACAGACACACACACGCACACACACACACACACACACACA